UCUGAUAAGAUUCGUCAUAGAUGUCGCGCAAUCGUAGGUGAGCGACGCCUCAAUCGGAAAUUACAACGAUAUUGGUAUUUGAGAACAACCAACCAAUUCGGUAUAAUAGUUCUACCGGGCGGUCAGUGACUCAACUACGUGUAAUGGUGUGCAUUCUUCACGCUCUUAUAUUUGUUGAUGUUUUAUGUUUAUUACAUGAAUAUUGUUUGUACAGGACCUAAAUUGAAUGUGCUAUUGUGAUUCGGCGCAAUGUUCAAAUUUAUAAGGGCGAAAGGACCGCAGGCGACAGCCGAAAGACAGAAGCUGCAGAAGGAGUUGUUUUCGUAUAGACGAACGUUGCAACAUGGUUUCCCGAACAAGCCGACCGCUCUGGCGUGGGAUCCCUCGUUGGGCCUGCUCGGCAUCGGCACGGCGAGCGGCGCGAUUAAGGUCUUCGGAAAGCCGGGCGUCGAAUUCUACGGUCAGCAUCAGAACUCGAUACCGAUCAGGCGACUCGUCUUUCUACCUAACGUAGGUAGAAUCAUUUCUUUAUGCGAUGACAAUUCCCUUCAUCUUUGGGAAGUAAAUAAGAGCUCGCUCGUCGAGGUCAAGACGCAAUCGCUGGAGGGAAAGCUGAAGACGAUAUCGGCGAUAUGCGUCGAGUCGGCCGGCAGGCAUCUACUUCUCGGGACGGAAGGCGGAAAUAUUUAUUUGCUCGAUCUGCACACGUUUACGAUGACGCCGGACAUUAUAUAUCAGGAUAUUGUUAUGCAAAACGUUCCGGAAGAUUAUAAGUUAAAUCCCGGAGCAGUGGAAGCCGUCGCCGAACAGCCAGAUCAGCCAAACAACAUCUUAAUCGGAUAUAAUCGUGGCCUUAUGGUUCUUUGGAAUAGAACCGAAAAUUUAGCUGUGAAAACGUUCGUUUCCAACCAACAAUUGGAAUCAUUUUGUUGGCACGACGACGGGCAAUCGUUUACUAGUUCGCAUAAUGAUGGUAGUUAUGUUAGUUGGGAUUUAACGGACGACGAUAAACCAAUGACCGAACCGAUAACCACCUACGGUCCGUUUCCUUGCAAAGCCAUUCCCAAGAUAAUUAAGUGCAAUCUGAAGGAUUCGCCGUUUGUCGCGUUCUCGGGUGGCCUGCCGCGAUCGAGUUACAACGAUAAGUUUACCGUAACCGCGAUUCACAACGACAGGCAUGUUGUUUUCGACUUUACGAGUAAGGUGAUCGAUUUUGUGGUAGCCGAGGCGAAAGUUGAUGAUCUCAAUGAAAGUGGCGAGUCGUUGGCAAGCAGCGACCAUCAGCGUAAUGACGGACGCAGUGAACCCGUUGCACUGAUUGUGUUGGCCGAUGAGGAACUGGUUGCUAUUGAUUUGUUGUCAGAUGAUUGGAAAAUGAUGAGUUUGCCGUAUUUAGUUUCAUUACAUGCAUCUGCUAUUACUUGUAGUCAACAUGUGUCAGGUGUAUCUGAAGAACUUUGGGAACAAUUAAAAGACGCCGGAAAGGCGCAGACUAACAACUUGUACUCUAAUCGAAAAUGGCCUAUCGAAGGCGGCGACCUACUGUGCUCGAAGGGGGCCCUGCCGCGAAGAGAAUUAUUACUCACCGGCCACGAGGACGGCACGGUUCGCUUUUGGAACGCCGGCGGCGUUUGCCUGGUGCCUCUAUACAAAUUUAGCACGGCGCAACUGUUUACGGGCGAAGACAUCGCCGAUGACGCCGUACAAUCGCAGGACGACGACGAAGAGUGGCCGCCGUUUAAAAAAACGGGCGUAUUCGAUCCGUAUUCGGACGACCCUCGUUUGGCGAUCAAACGGGUGGUGUUGUGCCCGCUAUCGGGUACUCUGGUCGUGGCGGGAACGGCGGGGCACUUGGUGAUAGCCAAAUUUGACACCGAGGUGUUAGCCGGCGAACUGAAAGUGACGACAAUGAACGUUGUUAGCGACAGGGAUGGUUUUGUUUGGAAAGGAUACGAUCAGCUGACACCCAGAUCAGGUGAGAUACAUCAACCGAGAGGCUUUCAAGCUGUGUCUGUGCUACAGUUACAUCCACCUGCUGCAAUUACGUGCUGCACGCUUCAAGCGGAUUGGGGACUGAUCGCGGCGGGUACGGCCCAUGGCUUGGCCCUUUUCGAUUACAGAAAGCAAAAGCCGGUAAUAGUCAAAUGCACUCUGAAUCCCAAUGAUUUGACCGGAACGGGAGACACGCCGAUUUCGCGUCGUAAAUCGUUCAAAAAAUCGCUAAGGGAAUCGUUCAGGAGACUGCGCAAAGGUCGCUCGACGCGCCGUACCACCUCGAAUGCUCCGAGCACGUCGCCCACCUCGCCACAGGCGACGACCCCGCCCUCGCGCACUAUCGGCUCGGACGAUAGCUUUAGUCCCUUGGAGGCUAAACCUGUUGAGAGGCAAAUCGAAGCGAGACCUGUUGAGGAUUCGAUGGGGUCGAUGGUUAGAUGUUUAUAUUUUGCUAGAACUUUUAUAAUUAGUGUACAAAAUACGACACCAACGUUAUGGGCGGGCACGAACAACGGAACGGUGUAUGUUUUUACAAUCACGAUACCGAACGCACAGAAGCGCGACACCGACAACGUGGCCUGCCAACUGGGUAAGGAGAUUCAAUUGAAGCACAGGGCACCUGUCAUCGGCAUAGCCGUUCUGGACGGUUCGAGUAAACCGCUUCCCGAGCCCCUAGAGGUGGAGAAGGGCACGGCGCCGCUGCCGGACACGACGCAGCCGCAUCGCGUGGUGAUCGCCUCCGAGGAGCAAUUUAAAAUUUUCACGUUGCCUUCCCUAAAACCGUAUUGCAAGUACAAAUUGACCGCGCACGAAGGAGCGAGAGUUAGAAGGAUGGCAUUCGGCGCAUUCUCGUGUUAUCUUGACGCGAACAAUACGAAACACACCGAAAUUGACUUGUUAUGUUUGACUAACUUAGGAGAUUGCGUUGUUUUGAGUAUACCUGAUUUAAAAAGGCAACUGAACGCGGCCGCCAUACGAAGGGAGGACAUCAACGGAAUAUCGUCUUUGGUGUUCACGCGCGAUUCGGAAGCACUCUACUUGCAUUCGUCCUCCGAAUUGCAAAGAAUGUCCUUAGCCUUGACCUACGCGACAUCGGCGCGGUGUUAUCUGUCGCUACCCGAGGGAGCGCGAGAUGAGGGCGCUUCCGAGAUCGACAUUGAAGGGCAGAUACACGCGGAUCAGGUGCAAGAUAAUGAGACAGCGGCCCCUUUGGUGAACGGCACUAGCGAGAGUAAAGGAAGCAGUGUUGCAGAUAGGAGUGAAGAAGUUCGGGAAAAUGGCGAGGAAAAUUUGCACAAUAUGACUGUAUCGAGUAGCAUUGGAGAUAUAACAAUAGACAGUGUGAAGGAUCAUCUUGGAUCGGGAGAAGAACUGACCAGCCGCCUAAGCAACUUAACAGUCACGAAAAGUUCUGUAACAACAACAUCGUUGUCCAAUCAAAGCGGAGAAGUCACAUCCUCUAGCGCAAUGACCGUCACCACGACUCAAGAAAAUAUUUUAGAAGGUGACAUGACAGGAUCUGCCCAAGAUAUUGAGAUUAAAACCAACAGUACAGCCCAGGACGUCAACCUAAGGGCCCCUCUCGCACUUGCUGAAGGCUUGGAAUAAUCAUCGGGUUAAUGGCAAGUUAAAUCAUUACCAUUUUGCCAUAUUUUUACACUUAACCUCCGUCGGUAUAAUUUUUCACUAAUGUUAGUAUUAUGUUUACCAAGAAACAAGAAAUCGUGUCAAAUUUUGAUUCCAUCAUUUUUUAUAAUUAUUGCAUUUCUGCUUUAGUAUUAUAGUGUGUUUUUGUUCGUUAGGCAAAACUAUUCCAUAUCAAAUUACUUAAGCCUCACCUUUUUUAAUUACCCACACCUUGUACAUAUACGAAAUUGUUACCUACCUUUUUAGUACUUAAUUUUUUUAGCGUUGAUGGCGGUGUACGAUAAUCAACGUUCUGCUGAACCUUGCGAUUGUUGCUUCCAUAACGUGCACCUUGUGUGUGUAUUUUUAACUGUUAAAUUUUUAAAGUGUCGUACUUGCGUGCGUGGAAGCACGAUUUUUAUUAAGUAAAUUUUUGAUACUAUUAUACAACAGUAUUUGACACUAGCUUUGCUCUUUUAUACCUACACUGUGUUUAGAACUUAGGGUAUGUCAUAACUGGUGUUUUUUAUUUAUUUUAUUUUUUAAUUACAAUUUUAGAAAAUAGUGUCAUUCUUACUACCGCCUUGAUUACUGUUUAAAUCGGUUUUAACUUUUAACACCCUAACUUAGUGCAUUUAAUCGUGCCACAUUUCUAAUCGAAAAAUGUGAUAAUAUUGAAAAUAAGCAGUAAUUAAGGUGAACUAAUAAUGCAGCUUUCUUUUUAAAUAGCGGUCGGUGGCGGAUAUAGAACAAAUGUGAGUGUUUCUGAAUGCGUCCGGUUUUACGACUGGAGUACAAUAAUGGCCUUAAUAUGCAACUGUAUGUAUUUUAUAUUGUAUUUUAUUUACAUAUUAUUGAGAGUUUUAUAUCUAUAUGUAUAUCAAGUGAAUUCACAUGACAUAAAACAUCACUAAGUGAAACAAUAAAUUUUAUUGAUUUAUUA